AUGGCAUGCGCCGCCAAUGCCACCGUUUACUCUUCCGAGCUCCUCUCUCGCCCUAUCAAGGCGGUGGGGAGAACGCUGGAGAUAUUGGUCUCGCUAGGUUCUUUCGCGAUUAAGCUGUUGUUGGAUCAAAGCAAUGGACAAAUUGAUCAGAAUAAGAGGAAGCGAGGUGCUGAGUUGAGAAGAAUUUUUACGAGAUUGGGGCCGACUUUCGUUAAAAUAGGGCAGGGGCUGUCGACAAGGCCCGAUCUCUGCCCUCCCAAGUACUUGGAGGAGCUCUCUGAACUUCAGGAUGCUCUGCCCACAUUCCCAGACACCGAAGCAUUUGCCUCCAUUGAGAAAGAGUUGGGGCUGACCCUUGAUUCAAUUUUCUCGUCUAUAUCCCCUUCUCCAAUAGCUCCAAUAGCUGCAGCAAGUUUAGGGCAAGUUUACAAAGCGCGGCUGAGAUAUUCUAAUCAAUUAGUUGCUGUAAAAGUGCAAGGAUCAGGUAUUGAAGAAGCUAUAGGACUAGACUUCUACCUGAUAAGAGGUCUUGGAAUUCUCAUCAAUAAAUACGUCGACAUAAUUACCAGUGAUGUUGUUGCUCUUAUUGAUGAAUUUGCUCGAAGAGUUCAGGAGCUCAACUACAUGCAGGAGGGGCAGAAUGCAAGGAGGUUUAAGAAGUUGUACGCUGACAAGGCAGAUGUCCUUGUCCCUGAUAUUUUUUGGGAUUAUACAAGUGGCAAAGUGUUAACAAUGGAAUGGGUGGAUGGAAUCAAACUAAAUGAGCAGGAAGCAAUUGAGAGACAAGGUUUAAAAGUUCUGGAUUUGGUGAAUGCAGCAUUCGGCCCGAGACUCGCAGUUUUGCUUGAGUAUGGAUAUUUUCAUGCAGAUCCUCAUCCUGGUAAUCUUUUGGUGACACCUGAUGGUAAACUUGCUUUUCUUGAUUCUGGGAUGAUGAGUGAGACCCCGGAGGACGAGAGGCUUGCUAUAAUCGGUCAUGUGGUUCAUCUCGUUAAUCGGGAUUACGAAGCUAUGGCUUGUGACUACUAUGCUCUAGAUUUUCUUGCACCUGAUGUGGAUCUAGCGCCAAUUGUGCCAGCUCUUUGGAACUUUUUUGAUGAUGCGCUUAAUGCAACUGUUAGUGAACUGAACUUCAAAACCUUAGUUGAUGGCUUGGGCGCUAUUUUGUAUCAGUAUCCUUUCAAUGGUGAUUUGUGCCUCUAUUGA